GGGGUGUUCUAAAGUCUGAACAUCAUACAGAUUCUCUGCCUUUCUGUCUUUUCUCCUUGUACAUAUAUAUGUAUAUGUGUCCCUCAUACUUCCUUCUUUUGUUGCAAGCCACAAUCUUACAAUUGAUCACCUGCUUACCCGGAGAAGAAAGUUUUGAUUAGGGUUUUUCUCGUCCCAGUCUGCUUCUUAUUUGUGGUUUGGGUUCUUCUAUUUUCGCGCAAGGAAAAAGUUUGACAGCUUUGAAUUUAAAGGAAUGCUUGCUGCUGCUUCUUUUACUUCCAAACGCAUUCGAGCUUCGGAGUUUCUUCAACGUGAUGGUGUCACGCGGUGCUACUGCCAUAAGUUAUUUUGAAAAUUCUGCUUUUGUUGUUUUGAGCAGGAACUAUGGGAUUGGCAAUCGAGUUCGAUCGAUUGUUAGUCUCUCUGGCAUCAGCACAUUCCCCAGUCGUAAUAGGAUUAGUAGAGAUUGCUUUAGGGUCAAUCCGAUUGCUCCCAGAAGAUCUACAAGUUUACUUCUUAGUAUAAAGGGGUUUCUCUCUGAUUCAUCAAAUUCUAAUUCCUAUUCUUCACUAUAUGGCAGAGUAACCAGACCAUGCUUUCCACAACCUGGUUCAACGGUAGACGGACGAGCAUUAUUCUCAACUUCAACUAAAACUGAUGAUGGAACGUCCUCAAAGAAGACCGAGACCCAGAACCAAAAAACUACAACCACGAUUGCUAAAACUUCUUCAGGGGAACGAGUUGCUGACAUUAAAAUUCUCCGUACACUUGCGAGUUACUUGUGGAUGAAGGAUAAUCUUGAAUUCCGAUUCCGGGUUAUUGCUGCUUUGGGUUUUCUUGUUGGUGCUAAGGUUCUGAAUGUUCAGGUCCCUUUCUUAUUCAAGCUUGCAGUUGAUUGGUUGACGACUGCUACAGGCAAUGCUGGUGAUCUUGCUUCUUUUACAGCUGCAAAUUCAACUCUGUUAGCUAUUUUCGCAACUCCAGCAUCUGUUUUAAUCGGAUAUGGAAUUGCUCGUUCAGGAGCUUCUGCUUUCAAUGAACUUCGUACUGCUGUAUUCUCUAAGGUAGCAUUGCGAACAAUUCGAUUAGUAUCUAGAAAGGUGUUCUCUCAUUUGCAUGAGCUUGACCUACGCUAUCACCUAAGCCGAGAAACUGGAGCAUUAAAUAGAAUAAUUGAUCGUGGGAGUCGUGCAAUAAAUUUUAUACUCUCAUCUAUGGUGUUCAAUGUAGUACCCACUGUAUUAGAGAUAUCUAUGGUAUCAGGUAUACUGGCUUACAAAUUUGGAGCACCUUUUGCAUGGAUCACAUCCUUAUCGGUGGCUGCUUAUGUUAUUUUUACACUGACUGUGACACAGUGGAGGACUAAAUUCAGGAAGGUCAUGAAUAAAGCUGAUAAUGAUGCAAGUACCAGGGCAGUUGAUUCACUUAUUAAUUAUGAGACUGUCAAGUAUUUCAAUAAUGAAGAUUUUGAAGUUGAAAAAUAUGACGAGUACCUAAAGAGGUAUGAAGAUGCUGCUCUGAAAACACAACGCAGUCUUGCUUCUCUGAACUUCGGCCAAAAUGUUAUAUUUAGUACUGCACUUUCUACGGCAAUGGUGUUGUCUUCUCAUGGGAUUAUGAGUGGCCAGAUGACUGUUGGUGAUUUGGUGAUGGUGAAUGGGCUCCUCUUCCAACUUUCUCUUCCGCUUAACUUCCUUGGCAGUGUUUAUCGUGAGACUAUACAGAGUUUAGUUGACAUGAAAUCAAUGUUUCAGUUACUCGAGGAAAGAGCUGAUGUUAGGGAUAAAGACAAUGCAAAGCCGCUGGAAUUAUAUGGAGGGAGCAUAGAGUUUGAAAAUGUACAUUUCAGUUACCUUGCAGAGAGAAUACUCGAUGGAAUAUCUCUUAUUGUACCAGCCGGAAAAAGUGUGGCAAUUGUUGGAACUAGUGGAAGUGGUAAAUCAACCAUUCUUAGAUUGCUCUUCAGGUUUUUUGACCCUAAUUCUGGAAGUAUAAAUAUAGAUGGUCAAAACAUCCAGGAUGUAACCCUUGAUAGUCUUCGGAGGUCUAUUGGGGUUGUUCCGCAAGAUACUGUACUUUUCAAUGAUACAAUAUUCCACAACAUCCAUUAUGGUCGACUUUCAGCCACUAAAGAGGAAGUCUAUAAAGCUGCUCAACAAGCAGCGAUUCAUGACACUAUCAUGAAUUUUCCUGAAAAAUAUUCAACUGUUGUGGGAGAGCGAGGGCUCAAGUUAAGUGGUGGUGAAAAGCAACGUGUUGCCUUGGCUCGUGCGUUUUUGAAAGCACCUCCAAUUCUGUUAUGUGAUGAAGCUACGAGUGCACUUGACAGCACAACUGAAGCAGAGAUAUUAAAUGCUUUGAAAUCUUUAGCAAAUAAUCGCACUUCCAUAUUCAUUGCUCACAGGCUUACUACUGCAAUGCAGUGUGAUGAGAUCAUAGUGUUGGAAAAUGGAAAGGUGGUUGAACAAGGACCACAUGAGCUGCUCUUAUCUGAGGCAGGAAGAUAUGCACAACUGUGGGCCCAGCAAAAUAACACAGUUGAUGCAGCGAUGAAAGUUGCGGCAUAAAACUCGGCAAUCCCUUCUCUCUUCCUCCUGCUCAGAGGUGAACAAUGCAAAACACAUAAGAGACAAGCGAGAUUUAUGGUCUUCGGCGACAGCAUCUGAAUUAACAAUCUUCAAGUUUAUUUGCAGCAAACCUGUAAGGAGUUCUGCCGGGGUGUAUUAUAUUUCAUAUUGCUUGUCAGACGUGUUGAUGCAUUGUCCCAAAACUUGGGAUAGUGCUAGCAAUUCUUGGCUACCUCAUGUUUCAUUUUCUGACCAAUAUUUAUGUUUGAGGGCACAUCGCUUAAAUCUGACUCAAGUGGGCUUAGAUAUGAAUUUCUUUUUUCCUUUAUUCUUUCUUUUGAUUUAGUGUUUGUAGAACUCCAAAUUUAUUUACAGCAAACCUGUAUGUAUCUGCUGUCCUCUGUUAUAUUUCAUGUUGUUGAUGCAUUGUUUCAAAUGCAGAAUAAUAUUACCGAUUUCCAUUCUCCUAUCAAUACCUGUGUUUGAGUCCCUGACU